UGCUCUGCCAAAGUGAAGUGCUCUUCACUUUUUUUGCAAGAUGUCACAAACUGUUAAGAAGAUUUCGGUUACCUACGAUGCUAUCAAUGCGAGCAACACCUUCACUUGUGGAGACAUCAUAAAUGGACGGGUUACAGUUGAAAUAGCCAAAGACACAAAGAUUGAGUCGUUUCGGAUUAAAUUCAAAGGGAAAGCACAAGUGCGGUGGACAGAGCAUGACCAUCAUGGUCAUCAUCAUCAUCAUCAUGGGCAUGCUGGCCAUCAUCAUCACGGUGGCCAUACGCGCACAUACUAUGACAAGGAGAAAUACUUCAAGCUGGAGCAGUUUUUUAUACGAGAAGUCAAGGGAAAUGACAUUUGUCCUGUUCUGAGAAAUGCUGCUGGAGAGCCUUAUUGUGAUGUCGUUGCCCCAGGAACUCAUGUGUAUCCAUUUACAUUCCAGUUCCCUCAGCAGAAUCUCCCACCGUCUUUUAAAGGAUCCGUUGGCUUUAUCGCCUACACCUUGGAGGCCAAACUGAGCAGGUCUAUGCGACUUUCCAGCACAGACAAGGCAGAGCUUAAGUAUGAACCAGGGCCAGACCUGACCAUUCCUGGUCUAAUGGUGCCUCAACAUGGGACCAAAGACAAAAAAAUGAAGUUGUUUACCUCUGGAAAUAUUGCAUUUAGUGUCACCACGGAGAGAAUGGGCUUCUCUUUGGGAGAACAGAUGAAAGUCGUGGCCGAAGUCCAGAACAACUCAUCUCGGGACCUCAAGCUGAAGUACUGCUUUUACAAGAAGACCAGCUUCUUCGCCCAGAACCACAGGAAGAUGCACACGGAAGACAUACUCAAAGAGGAAGGAGAGACCGUCGAAGAGAAGAAACAACAGACCGUGACCAAGAUCGUCCCCCUGUCUCCCCCCCUCACCGCCUCUGUCCUCAACUGCAGGAUCAUAAAGGUGGAAUACAGAAUUAAGGUCUACCUUGACGUUCCCUAUUCUUCAGACCCAGAGGUCAAAUUACCCAUUGUCGUCCUCCCUGCUACGUCACCCAGUGGAAGUGGAAAGGCUGCACAACCACCAGCAGCACCCUCCUUUGGAUUUGAGGGUGGGUGGAACCCAAACCAGCCAGGACUCAACACCACCCCCUAUGUUUCACCUCAACCAGCAUGGAAUAGUGCCAUCCCACCGGCUGGGCCCCAACCGUAUGGGCCUCAACCAACAUGGCCGGGCAUGCUGCCCCCCAAUGCUGCUCCACAAGUAUGGAACCAUGCGCCACCCCCUGGGCCUCAACCUGCAUGGAAUACCAUGGCCCCCGGCAGCGCCCCUCCGGGAACAUGGAGUGGUGCCCCCCAAAAUGCCCCUCCGGGAGGGUGGAAUAACGCCCCGCUAGCUGCACCUCCCCCUGCCUAUGGCGCACUUUACCCCACCGUCCAGGAUUCCUCAGAGACCAAGAAAUCUGAUUUGCUGUGAUGAGGCUUUUUCACCAUAAUGUUAGGUUGGCUAAGUUCCGUUUUGAAGAGAAGCAGGUAUACUACCGGGUUUGAGGCAGAAAACAUUGUCAUCUCAGCUAUAUGUCUACAAGUAUGUUACUAUUGGAUGGAGCUUACAGUACACAUGUGUCACUACUUUGAUGCAUCGAAAUCUGACGUGAUCUCACGUCAUGUGAAAAUGGGAAAAUGGCCCGUUGUCAACUUGAGACGUUACCUUUGUUUGUGGCAUCUGGGAAUAAUAAGGAUAACGAUGACUGGAAAUGUUCCACACCAGCAACAACGGAACAAAAUAUAAUGGAGAGAAUUCCUUGCUGAAAUCUUUGAUCAUGGUUUCGCAUUUGUUUGCAAGU